ACAGGAUGGAGAGGAUUAUUUUCCUCCGUUGGUCUGUCCAUCCCUGCAAGCCUCUGUCGCCUGGCCCCUCCCACCCUGCGGCUCGGCCAUCGGAGGAUGAUCAGAGAUAAGGCCCCGCCUAUCCCGGACCAGGUGUUAGGGGGAGGAGGGCCAGAUAGACUGAGAGCAGAGUGGAGUCUACCUGGCUUCAUUUCCAUGUUCCUCCCUGAGUUCCCUCACAGAGCUGUACCAGGACACCAACACUUCCAGGUGUUGGGAUAUAUCGCCAAAGGAUCCUUUGGUCCCAUUCUGAAGGUGAAGGACAAGGCCAAGCAGAAAACCUACGCUGUCAAGGUAAUCCCUAAGUCAGAGAUCCUGAGGCUGGGCGUUCUGGAACAGUCGAAAGAAGAAGUUAUAGUACAGCGUCAGGUGCGUCACCCGUUCGUCCACGACCUUCAGGACUGCUGGCAGACACAGAGACACCUCUACAUUAUGUGUGACUACUGCAGUACCGGGGACUUGUAUACAUACUGGGUGAUGAUUGGCCAGUUCAGCCAGGACCCUGUCAGGGUGUUUGCUGCAGAGUUAGGCUGCGCUCUCGGGUUCCUCCAUGAUGUUGGGAUCAUCCACAGAGAUGUGAAGAUGGAGAACAUUCUGCUCACAGAUCAAGGCCACCUCCGCCUGGCUGACUUUGGUUUGUCUCGUCGUCUGGAGAGAGGAGGAAGAGCCUUCACUAUCUGUGGGACCAUCCAGUACAUGGCCCCUGAAGUUCUGAGUGGGGGACCCUACAGUCACGCAGCUGAUUGGUGGUCGCUGGGAAUCCUCCUCUUCUCAUUGGUCACUGGGAAGUUCCCAGUCCUGCCUGAACCAGACCACUACAGUAUGUUGAGGAGAGUGAGGUGUUUCCCCUACGACAUCCCCCUCAGCUUCAGCCCUCCACUGGCUCUACUUAUCACUGAGCUGCUGUGUAAGACACCGACGCGGCGGCUGCGGACCCUGGAUCGUUUCAAACGUCAGACCUUUUUCCACGGCGCGACCUUUGACCUGGCGUUACUACAGCGACGACCUGUGGAGGUCAUCUUGGCACUGCGGGAGCGUCCUGACCGGCCGGCCAAGGCCCGAAGAGGACUGACCCUGUCUCUGCAGCCGUUAAGAGGCUUCGACUACGAUACCCUGCUCAGCCCUGCAGGGACGCCUGACACACACCUGGACGACCCCGAUACACACACACACCUUGACGACCCCGAUACACACACACACUUACACACACCCCUACCUGGCCCGGGCUGCCAGAAUCACCUUGGACACACACACUCUUCCAUGCCCAGCUCCACACACACUCACAGGCCUCCGACACAUGGGAAGAAGGAGAUGUUUGUGUGAAAAGGACCUACAGACACUCAGAGAAUGGAGAAAGGUCACACACACACCGUAGCCAGCUGGGAGCAUGACGUUCUUGGACUAUGACAUUCCAUGAUGUCACAGGAAGACCCCUGCCCUUUAGCCCCUCCCCCUCCUGUAGAAUAUUUGAGUAAUAAAGAUAUGUUCAGAUUUGUAAACUGAAAUCGAAAUAUUACACAAAAUUACACAAAAAAACAA